UCAGCCGUGUCUUAAAGUGAAUCUUAGUGGCGGAGGAGCGCUCCAGCAUCCAGUCCUCUGCAUCCAGUGCGCCUCGGAGACGCACACACACACACAGUCGCUCUCUCUCUCUCUCUCUCUCUCUCUCUCGCACUCUCUCUAUGUCUCUCACUCUUUCAGUCACAGCAGAGGAUAGAGGGAGAGACCGACGCGCAAGAGCUCUUUUCAUCUUCUAUAUUUUUCCUAUUUUGUUGCUUUCGCUCGCGUCGCUGACUUUAUUCCAGCUCUUCCGUCUCUGAGAAAGUGUUACAUCCCAGCAUCCAGAAAUCCGCCGUGCUCUGCGUAUAUUCUCUCUUUUUUGUGCCGUAGGAGUUCAGGUUGUCCCCCUCUUCAUCUAAAGGGUACUCAGAGGCUUUGAUCCAAGAGGACUGGGUUUGUGGGAUAUGGCCCAAUAGCAGCAGCCCGUGAUGCCGGACCAUGACAGCGACUCCCUCCUGAACAGACAGACGAAGCGAAGACGUGUGGACAUUGGUGUUAAGAGGACCGUGGGCAGCGCAGCCUCCUCCACAGCAGCAGCCACAACAGCAACCACUGAUAACAUUGCCCGCGCCAAAGCAGCCAUUUUCAGUGCCAUGAACUCUCUGAGCUCCCACUCUCACCACGGAUCAGACACCGACUCCAUGGAGUGCUCUGUAGUGCAGCCACAUGGUGGGCCUGGCGUUGUUACAGCCAGCGACAGUGAGUCCAAGUCCAAUGUACUCCGAAAGCUACUGAAGAGAGCCAACUCAUACGAGGACACCAUGAUGCCCUUUCCUGGCACUACCAUUAUCUCUCAGCUUCUCAAGAAUAACAUGGCUAAAAAUGGAGGAGGACCUGAGAGGGGAGAAAGAGUGGACAGGGGUGAUAGAGGGGAAUCAGGCUUCCCUGGAUCAGGGCUCUCCAAUGCAAGCUCAGAUGCUCCCCAGGAGGAUGCCUGCAGUAACUCCUCCCAGGACAGCACCCCUCAAGAGUGCUUGUCACCAUUUGGCCGUCCUCCUGGCCUGGCUACCUUUGACAUCGAGCGUCUCAAUGAUGAACACCUGCGUGCCAAGCGAGCCCGUGUAGAGAACAUUAUACGUGGUAUGAGCCAUUCACCCAGUGUGGUGGUACCGGCUGCUUCCCGUCAUGAACGUGACCAUGAGAUGGAUGGAGAGCGAGAGAUGGAGCUAGACUGCCCACCUCCUCAGUCUCAGCAGCAGGCCCCCAGCAGCCCACGGGGAGGCGAGGUGUGCAGCAGUAGUAGUAGCAGCCGAGAGAACAAGCGUAAGCAGCGCCUGCCUCAGCAGCAACAGCAGAGCUUCACCCAGCUGGUGUGCCAGAGGAAGGAACAAAAGCAGGAGGAGCGACGGCAAUUGAAGCUGCAGCUGGAGGACAUGCAGAAACAGCUACGUCAGCUACAGGAGAAGUUCUUUCAGAUCUAUGACUCAACCGACGACUCAGAACACAACGACCUCCACAAUGACCUCCACAACGACAUAGGAAACAUGUCUGAGGACAGCCCAGCCAGGUCGGAUGCCGGCGGCGAUGACCGGGGUGGAGAUGACUUGCGCUCUGACAAUGAGAUGUCUGACAUGGACCCGGGCCAUUUCCUAGACAGGGCGCGGGCAUUGCUUCAGGAGCAGGCCCUGCUGGCUGACGGAGAGAAGCCAAGAAGAGAGGGGCUCAGCCGAAGCAAAGGACAGGGAGGUCCAGGCUCCUCCAUGCACGCUGAAGGCAAGCAGCUGGCAGAAACUCUGAAGCAGGAACUCAAUUCAGCCAUGACCCAGGUGGUGGACACAGUGGUAAAGGUGUUUGCCAAACCUCCACGCCCUACACCCCAGCAGGCCUUCCCCCCACUUUCCAUACCUCCUGAAAGAUUUCCCACCGCUGUUAAUGGUGACAACCCUAAUUUCCACACCACCAACCAGAGGCUGCAGUGCUUCGGUGAUGUCAUCAUUCCCAAUCCACUAGACUCCUUUGCCAGCAUGCCCGGGAUGCCAGGCACCACCAAUGACCAAACCGAGGCACUGCCCUUAGUCGUGAGGAAGACACCCAGUGAGCACCACCACCAGUCCUCAGCUGUGGGUGCUCACGGCGGUCACCACCACCCCGCCCUUCACCCUUCCUCUCUCUCUGCCUCCAUGGGCUUUAGCCCCCCAUCCUUUAGACACCCGUUUCCACUGCCUCUCAUGGGCUACCCUUUCCAGAGUCCCCUCGGUGCACCUGCAGGUGGCUACACAGGCAAAGACCGUUCCUCUCCAGACUCCAUGGACCUGUCCCGGGAGACCACCAGCCUGAGAACCAAGAUGGCAUCAGGUCACCACCUGGGGCACCACCAUCGCUCUUGUUCACCAGCACACCCUGGAAGCACCGCAGAGGGGCUUUCCCUGUCCCUCAUCAAGUCUGAGUGCAGUGAUCUCCAGGACAUGGCUGACAUCUCACCUUACUCAGGCAGCAAUAUCCAGGAGGGUCUCUCUCCCAAUCAUCUGAAGAAGGCCAAGCUCAUGUUUUUCUACACCCGCUACCCAAGCUCUAAUAUGCUCAAGAUGUUCUUCUCUGAUGUCAAGUUUAACCGCUGCAUAACUUCCCAGCUGAUCAAAUGGUUCAGCAACUUCAGGGAGUUCUACUACAUCCAGAUGGAGAAGUUUGCCCGCCAGGCCAUCAAUGACGGAGUCACUGGAGCCGAGGAGUUGAGCGUCAGCCGCGACUGCGAACUCUUCCGCGCCCUAAACAUGCACUACAACAAGGCCAAUGAUUUUGAGGUGCCUGAUCGCUUCCUGGAGGUGGCCGAAAUCACACUGAGAGAGUUCUUCAAUGCCAUCGUGGCCGGCAAAGACGUGGACCCGUCCUGGAAGAAGGCCAUCUACAAGGUCAUCUGCAAACUGGAUAGCGAGGUCCCCGAGAUCUUCAAGUCCCCCAACUGUCUCCAAGAGCUUCUACAUGAGUAAAUUUCUCCUCCUCCUAUUCCUCGCUCAACGCUUUGCGCUUUUUUUUUUUAUUUCCCCUGAUUUCAUAGCAUUUCAGAAUGAUAUUAUCUUUUGUUUUAAUUUCUUUUUCCCCAACUCUACGUUUGAUUUUCUGUUUUUUAUUUUUUUAUUUUUUUUUUUGAACGUAUGAAAGUUAUGAAGUAGCAUUCCCAAUCUAAAGCCUCUGUGGCAGUUCCUAAAUGACCUAGCUAUUGUGUUGUUGUUCUUAUAUGAUAAUUAUCAUGAUGGUUAUUAUUUGUUUUGUUUUUCUAAGAUUCUGAUGAACUGAAGAGACUCUAAUCUUACUGGGUGUUUUCUGGACUGUGUGAUCCCUCAUCUGUUUUGGCCUGUUAUAUGAUCAACACUAACUAAGUCCUCAGUGUGUGGAAGGAGUUCCUGAGUUCCCAUUUACACUACUAAGAACAUAGGCUGGGUUCCUUAAAGACUUAAUUCAAUGGCACCCAGGGGUGUCCCUCUAAUCCAGUGGGUGUGCAUGCGAACUGUCCCCGCAAAGAGUGAAGUGGGUGCCCAACAGACUGUGCUACUGAAGGUGUCCCUAACAGGACAGUCAUACACACACAUGCACACAAAAACAAGGCCUAGUGAGGUUAUUGACUGGACUAAGACUGGACUUGUGGUACUGGUCUGUACUGGUCUGUGGGACUUGGACUGGUUUCAAAUAGCUACUGAGCUCUACCAUGUUUUGAAGUGUGUUUCCCCACAAGUAGGGCAUUGUGUUUAUUGGGUGUACAUUAUUAUUUUUAUUAUUAUUAUUAUUAUUAUUGUUGUUGUUGUUUAUGAUUAUUAUUUGUCAUCACUGCUUGCUGAAGAUUGGCACGUAGAGAUUUGUUUGUCCCUUGAUGCCGUUGCAGAAAAAAAUAAAUAAAUUAUUGCUAUUAAUAUUAUUCCACAAGAGUUUAGAUUCUGAAAUAUUUUGACCCCAUUUCCCAUCCUUCUUACACUUGUUUUAGUUUGUCCAUCUCAGAAGUGGACUUUGCUUUUGUUUAUUUCAUUUUUGGCUGGGGCAACUUGCCCAGAAUGUGUUUCAAUUUGGGUUUUUAUCAAGGGCCGUGAGAGUGGGCUUCUCUACAUGCCUGUAGUGACUAGCCUAUCCUGCACAAGACCAGUCUGGCAACAAUACUGGAAACGGAAUUAAUCUGCGGAAACGUAUGAAGUAAAUGGUGCAGAAGUGGCCUUUUGGUGUGUGACGUGCUGUCUUUUAAAAGGCUAAAUUUCCAUAGCCACACCAGCUUUGAUAACUUUACCGCUGCCACUAAAACAGCCAUUUGUUCAGCUAUCAAAUGCAUCUUAUUCAUCUAAUGAUCUGUUCAGGAUUGGUGAACAUACAAAGUAAUGACUGCAUAGUUUUGUUUUUUUGCCUUUUUAUAGAACUGUCCAGUAAUUAGCUCAUGUGUGAGAUGAAGUCAGCCUGUUUAUAUGGCAGGUUUUUAAUGUGAUUAGCCUAUAUAAGGUGUAAAUUACAUUAUGAAGUUAUUUCAAAAGGAGUUGAUACUUGAAUAUAUCAGAAUACUGUGGCAAUCUAAAGUAUGUUGUUGCCGAAACAAUAAAUAAUUGAAUGCAUACAAAUAGAAAUAUCAUAGACAGGAAGAUAAUUCAAGGAGGGCAAAGAGAGAGGUGAAUAUAAGCUGAAAAACAGGCGUUCAUUAAUUCUGCUUCAAGUGGAACUAACCCCACAAACAACGCACACACACACACACGCACUCACACACUGCUCCUUCCCUCUGUGUUCACCUGCCUUUGAGUGAUCUAGCUCCUCUCUCAAUACAACAAUGCUAGGUCGAAGGUGAGCACUCACCCCAGGGGUAGAUGGAGAAGCUCUCAGCACUACAAAGAGCGCGGACAAAGGCACAGAGCGAGGAGCGACACGCACCUGAAACCCUCCGCUCUGCUGUCUCACCGUCCCACGCUGGCAGCUUUUAAGACCCAAAGUAUGAUUCUGUUGAAGCCACUGUGCCCAGUUUGUUAAACGCCAUUCCUUUCACUUUUACCUGAGAUACUAAUCCCAGAUUUUCCACUUGAGUUGUACAUGUAAAUCUAGUGUUUUAUUACUUUCAUCCACCCUCUCAGGCUUUUAAGGUUUUUAAGAAGCAGUUAGUGUUAGCUGGCCUUUUGAUGAGGUAAGUUUGAAGCAAUGAGAGGACUUGAAUGCUUUCUAAAAGUGCGUGCGAGCUAGCUGUUGAUCUCACCUUGGCGACAUUAGCUUGCAGUGUGUCUGUGUGUGUGAUCAAAAGAUCAAAAGGGGCAGGUUGCUUAACCUGCUGACUUGUCUAAGUGAGACAAAGCGCUUGACAAAAGGAGGCAGAGAAAGACAGAGAGCUACUCCCUUCAUUAUGUCACCCUCCCCUCUCCUCCUCCUCCCCAGACAGUGUUCUUCUUAAGAUCCGGAUCCCUGAGAGAGCGAGCCGGACACUUUUCUCACUGAAGGAUGGGCUAGGCCCUUCAUGUCUCAGAGUCUCAAAGCACCAGCCAAGGGCUCUAAAGCGCCACAGACAAAGGAGAAGGGAAAGGACACUUUUAUCUGAUGCACAGAUUAUUAUCGCUCCCCAUCCUCCCCCUUCCUGCAACCCCACCCUAAAGUUAAAGAGUUCCUGCGCCUAAAAAGAUUACUUCAGGAUAAUGAAGACUUAUGUGCAAAAAUAAAAAGGAUUAGCAAGACCUUAAUACCGCGUUGAAAAUAUUUUUGCCAAGUUUUCCUUUUCUGGCGUCAUUUGAUUUUUAGGACAUUAUUGAAAAACAUAUAUAGCCUUUUUUAAGAAAUGUAAAAUAUAAAUCUAUGAAAAAAAUAUAUACUGUAGUGGAGGUUCUUUGAAAGGCACUGUUAGCAAUUGUUUCAUAAAAGAAAUCUCGAGGGUAUUUUUAGUGACGGCUUUGUUUAAAUCUGUAUUCUGAAUAAGUGAGUUGUUGGUAGAUUAGGAGCAAUAGUUGUAGGUUUUUUGCAGGUUUUGUGACCAGUUUUCCUUUUGGUUUCUUUACCUUUUUGUAUUGUGCUGAAUGGCUGUCUUCUUGAGAUCAGAAAAAUAAACUUGGAAUCCGUUUUCAGAGUAUGAAAUAUUGUUGUUGCUGCUGUAAAUAUUGUCAGGAUGAAACAAAGAAUAGCUGUACAGUUUUUUCUAUGAUCACCCAGAGUGCUAGAGAAGGGUGAGAGUGGUUAAAAAAAGGAGGGUGAAAAAAAAAGAGAGAGAUGACCCGUUCUCUCCAACUGGACUCAUAACCACUCUUCCAAAAAAAACCCACUGAGGAGAGUUUUUUUGUUUUGGUUCUUUUUUUUCCCUGCCAUGCCUUUAACGGGGUUCUGUUUCCCGUCGGCAGUGCCCUUGAAGUUGCACCAGCAUCCGUUUCUUUAAUUUUUGCUGACAGAACAAUGCAUUAGGCUAGCAGUCGGGCAAUGAUGAUGUCACGGAGCGUCCCGUUGGCAGUCUGUGGACCCGGUCUUGUCCAAAAACAAGGGCAGACUGCCACCGACGUAGCUCUAGAUUUGACCCGGGAGAGAGACAGGAACUCAUUGUCAUCAGAAGACUCGUGUCAUGGAAGGGGCACAUGUUAAGUGCAGUACAGUAACAGUUAAAAAAAAGAAAAAGAGAGAGAGACUGCAAACAGGAAAAAAGUGAUCCAUACCCUUUUUUACCGGGUUCAAACAGUUGGGAAAAGUUUGGACUUUUAUGGAAUUUCUGUACGCUGUGCAUUGUGUGUAUGUGUGUGUGUGUGUGUGUUUGUGUGUGUGUGUGUGGAUGUAUAUGAGUGUGUGUCUGUGUGAGAGAAAAGACCGAUUAUGAGAACCUGUGAACCAGUGAGUGACACAAUUCUCAACACUGUGGCCCCUCCCCCACCCCUGGGAGUACCAUCCUGACAUGUAAAUGAUUCUCAUUAAGCGUUGGCAACGUGUGUUUGGUGGGCGUGUGUGUGUGUGUGUGUGUGUGCGUGCGUGUGUGUGUGUGUGUGCGUGCGUGUGUGUGUGUGUUGUGAUAAUUUCCUCUGAUCUGUUCUCUGACCUGUUUGAAAGGGGUUUUUGUUUCUCUAUGCUUUCGGUAGUAAUUCUUUUUUUAUUAUUAUUACAUCGCUCCUCUUUUUUGUAAAUAUCAAUGAUGUGGACAUAAAGUGAUAAAUACUGCCUUUGUAUAACUUAGCAAUAUGUUAUGUAAAUAGUGUUUUGUUGAUGCUUUUUGUAUGACAUUAUUAUUAUUUGAUUCUAGUGCAGUAAUUCCAACUGGAACAGCCAUGUUUCAAAUACAGUCUGAAUAAUUACACACAGGUUGUAAAAUAAAACUCACGACAUGGCUGCUUUUUUUUUCUUUUAUUGGUGUCUAUUUGUCUUGCAGAUUUUGUGUAAUUUAUUGGUUUAAUUUAUCCUAAUUUAUUUAAUGUUGUUUUCUUUUAUUUUUCAAACAGGGAAGGCUGUACUGCAUUUCAUUAAGUAGAACCAACUUAAAAGAUUUUAAUCCUUAGCUACCUAAAAGUGAAUUCAAAAGAUUAGUGUUCUAGCGUGCUCAUUCAAUUGACAGAAAUUAUUAAAUGAAGAUUUUGGCAGCUAAAUGGACCUGGACAGUUAAAAGAAAAAAAAUAAGAUUGUUAUAUUUUGUUCCUGGACAGGGGCUGAGGGUGAGCUAGAAAGCUGAAACUAGUUUGAAGCAGUUUUGUAUUUUCUCUUGAGAUUUUUUCCCCUGUAUUACUUUGGCCCAGCCCAAAAACAACCAGUAGUCAAAUUGCCUUUCGUGCCUUCACCCUCUAUGAACUGAAUGUAUGUGCAGUAUAUAUGCAAGCUUGUGCAAAAUGAAUAAAAAAUGGAAAUAAAAAUGAAAAACAGA